ACUGGUGACGUAGAUCUCAUGUGACCAGGAGUCGACGUGUGCAGAAGUCCUGCUAGUCUAGUCCUUGUUCCCGUCUGGGUACCAGCUUCCUUUAGCAGUGCAGGCGGCCGCCCCGGAGAAGAGUGGAAGGAGAAGGAGUCAACUUGCGGAAAUUUUGCAGAAGUAACUACAUUCAAAGGGGAAUAGCAGAAAAAAAGAAAAGGAGAGAAGGAAGGAAGAGAGGCAGACAGACACAAGAUGAAACCCUGUCAAAAAAUUGAAGGAAAACCAGAAAAUGAGAGUGAACCAAAGCUCGAGGAAGAGCCAAAGCCUGAGGAAAAGCCAGAGGAGGAGGAAGAGCCAGAGGAGGAAGAAAAAGCAGAAGGAACUUUUAGAGAAAGGCUGAUUCAAUCUCUCCAGGAAUUUAAAGAAGAUAUACACAACAGGCAUUUAAGCAAUGAAGAUAUGUUUAAAGAAGUGGAUGAAGUAGAUGAGAUAAGGAGAGUAAGAAACAAACUUAUAGUGAUGCGUUGGAAGGUUAAUCGAAACCAUCCUUACCCCUAUUUAAUGUAGUUUACCUUGAUCUUUAUUUGAUAUUAACAAUACCAUAUAGGUUUCUUUUUGUUAGCAUUUUCCUGAUAUGCUUUUGUCCAUCUUUCUACUUUUAACCUGUUGCUGUUAGUGGUUUUAGAUGUAUCUCUUGUUAUCUGCAUCUCAUUGUUUAUUGUAUUUUGAACCAAUCUACAAGACUCUGUCUUUUAAUAAAAGAGCUUUACUCAUUUGUAAAAAAGAGGUUCCUGAUAGGAUAUAAAAUGAAAAAAGGUUACUAAGUAAUAUGUGAAUAUCAUAUUUUUGAAAGGUAAAAGUACAUUUGUAUAUUACAUAUAUGCACUUAAAACCUUGUUUAGGAUGAAAGAUAAAAAGUACAGUCUUGGUGGUGGGAUUAUGAAUGAUUUUUAUUCUUUUGCUUAUUUGUAUUUUCCACAUCUUUAAAAUGAGCACACAUUAUCAUUGCUAACAAUAAUAAAAGUUUUAUAACAAAAAAGGAGCAAC